AUGACUGAUUUAAGACAUAGCUCAAUUGAAAAUGAUUUUAUGUAUGGUAGUAAUGUGGCAUCAUGUCAUGUUUACAUACGCAUGCAAUUUUUACGCAAAGUUUAUGGUAUUGUUGCAACUCAACUUUGUUUCGUUGCUUUUGUAUCAACAGUAAUAAUGUUAUUGGAAAAUGUCAAAUUAUUUUUUCAAAAUAAUCCUAGUUUUCUUUUUGUAUUAUUUUUGGCAACAAUGGUUAGUUUACUUGCAGUAUAUGUUAAACGUUUAGAAUAUCCAACAAAUUUUGCGUUGCUUGCACUUUUUACAUUAUUUGAAUCAUUGACAAUUGGUACAUUGGUUUCAUUUUAUGAUAAAAUCCUAGUUAUACAAGCAAUUAUUUUAACUGCUAUUAUUGUUGGAGGUUUAACAUUAUAUACAUUUCAAACAAAACGCGAUUUUUCAGCUAUAGGUGCAGGUUUAUACGCAUUUUUAUGUGUUUUAAUUGCUGGAGGCUUAAUUCAAAUUGUCGCUCGUAAUUCAGUGAUGGAAUUGGGCCUAGCAUUAAGUGGUGCACUUAUAUUUAGUUUCUAUUUAGUUUACGAUACACAACAAAUAAUGCGUAAAACUUCACCAGAAGAAUAUAUUGAUGCAGCAAUACAAAUAUAUCUUGAUAUAACACGUUUAUUUAUUGAAAUCUUACGUCUACUUGAAGCUGUACGUCGUCAAUGA